UGACAAAGAAAUUACUACUACUAAAGUAGUGUAUUUAAUAUAAUAGUAUGAUGUGGUUUUUGAAUAGCGCAAAUUAAUGGAAUAUAUAAUCAAUAAACAAUUUUAGUUAUGAAAAAAGAGCUGAAAUGUGAAAAAUUGGCGCAAAAGUAGUAGUAGUACUAAAGACGAAAGCUCCGCCGCCCGCUUGCUUAUGCAGACGGCCGCUUCACAUAGGUGUAUCUUAUUGUUCGUCAGUUCUGGAGAGGAUUGAAUUCCAUGCACCACACGCGCCGCUUCACAUCAUCUAACGUUGCCGUUGAUGUUUAUACAUUAAAACCAAGAGAGUCAUGAACCCUAGAAUUACGUAUUCUCAAUGUUUCCUCUUUCAUCACCGCGCCGGCUAUUCUGCACCUGCAUUUCGGCAGACUCGGGUUUUGCUUAUCUCGCCAAUGCCGCAGUUCUACGCUCUAACUCAGCUAACGCCCGCCGUUGGUUCGCUUUCCUUGACGACCAGAAUCAAAAACAAGUGCGAGCUGAGAACCAUGACCGGAUGGCUGGAAAUCCAUUUGAAAUGCACGAAUCUUCAGUAUCGCACAAGUACGAGCUUUUGAUUGACAAGUUCCGAUUUUGUCGAUCUGACCUCGAAGCCAAGCAGUUCCAUUCACAUGUAAUCAGGGAUGGGUUUGUUGGCGAUCUGUUUAUGGGAAAUACGCUUAUCAAUGCUUAUGCUAGGAGCGGGGAUAUGUCGGCUGCUCAUAACGUGUUCGAUGAAAUGCCUGAUACAAAUUCGGUUACAUGGUCGUGUUUGAUUUCUGGAUACACUCAUACUGAAAGUUUUGAAGAGGCUUUAGAUGCAUUUGGAAGAAUGGUGUCUGCAGGGUUUACUCCAAACCAUUAUGCACUCGGGAGUGCUCUGAGGGCUUGUCAGAGAUUGGGAAGUGAGGGGUUGAAAUAUGGGUUGCAAAUCCAUGGUUUAGUUUCCAAAACUCCUUAUGCGUUUGAUGUUGUUGUGUGCAAUGUCUUGAUCUCCAUGUAUGGGAAUUGCAUUGCGGGUUCCAUUGGUAGUGAUUUUGCUCACCGCGUUUUUGAUGGGAUAGCAAAUAGGAAUUCUGUAUCGUGGAACUCCAUGAUAUCAGUUUACUCUCAGCGAGGAGAUGUUGAUUCUGCUUUCUGUCUUUACACUGAUAUGCAAAAGGAGGGUUCGGUGGUUGGUUUUAGGCCUACGGAAUACACAUUUGGCAGCUUAAUAACUGUUGCAUCGGAGUCCGUUAGUACUGGGAAAGGUUCCUUGUUGUUAAUGCAGUUGCUGGCAAAGAUUCAGAUGUCGGGACUUUUAGAAGAUUUGUACGUGGGUAGUGCUCUAGUGAAUGCUUUUGCAAGGACUGGUGUGGUUGAUACGGCCAAGAGCAUAUUCCAGCAUAUGGGUUCAAGGAAUGCAGUUUCUUGGAACGGCUUGAUGGUUGGGUUGGUGAAGCUUAAGCGAGGAGAAGAAGCAGUUGAGCUAUUCUUGGAUACGAGGGACCUGGUUAGGCUAAAUUCUGAUAGCUAUGUUCAUCUUUUGAGCGCCUUUGGUGAGUUCUCAUGUGAAGAAAUAGGAAGAAGGAAGGGGAAGGAGGUGCAUGGGUAUCUCGUGCGAACUGGGAUGAUUGAUUCAAGUACUUCUGUUGGAAAUAGUUUGAUUAACAUGUAUGCAAAGUGCGGUGCUGUUGAAGAUGCUUGUUCUGUUUUUAACUUGAUGUUUGAUAAAGAUUCAGUUUCAUGGAGUUCCAUGAUCUCUGGGUUUGACCAGAACGAGAGUUUUCAAGACGCACUAUUGAGCUUCCGCACAAUGAAGAGAAUUGCACUUAUCCCUUCAAAUUUCACGUUGAUCAGCACAUUGAGUUCUUGCAGUAGUCUAGGCUGGAUGGUUACGGGAGAGCAAAUACACUCAGAAGCAGUGAAAUUGGGACUCAAUUUGGAUGUUUCGGUAUCAAACACCCUUCUUUCACUAUAUGCUGAUACCGGUUGUAUCUCUGAGUGCAGGAAGCUGUUCUCCUUCAUGCAUGAUCACGAUCAGGUGUCAUGGAAUAUCAUUGUCAAGGCGUUUAGUGAUUCUGAGGCAUCAAUCACUGAAGCCACCGGAUAUUUUAGAGACAUGAUGCGAGCUGGACGGAGCCCCAAUUGUGUAACCUUCAUAAACAUUCUUGCAGCAGCUGCAUCUCUUUCCUGCGUCGAACUUGCACAUCAAAUACAUGCCCUGGCGAUAAAAUGCCGUGUUAUGGAUAACAAUUCCGUUAUAAGUUCUCUGCUCACUUGCUAUGGAAAGUGCAGAGAAAUAAGUUACUGUGAAAGAAUAUUCUCAACAAUGGCAGAGAAGGAUGAUUCCAGCUGGAACUCCAUGAUAUCAGGAUACAUACACAAUGAGCUUCUGACAGAGGCUAUGCAUUUAGUCUGGCUUAUGUUGCACAAUGGCCAAAAAUUAGAUCGCUUCACUUUUGCCACUGUUCUUAGCGCUUGUGCUUCCGUUGCAACACUGGAGCAUGGCAUGGAGAUCCACGCUUGUGCAGCACGAGCUUGCUUUGUCUCUGAUGUGGUUAUCGGGAGUGCACUUGUGGACAUGUACGCUAAAUGUGGGAGGAUUGAGUAUGCCUCAAGAUUCUUCGAGCUGAUGCCUCUCCGAAAUGUGUACUCCUGGAACUCCAUGAUAUCUGGCUAUGCACGCCACGGUGACGGCCACAGUGCUCUGGAAAUAUUCGCAAAGAUGAAACUGGAAAACCAGCCACCAGAUCAUGUGACCUUCGUUGGGGUCCUAUCAGCUUGCAGCCAUGUCGGGUUAGUCAGUGAAGGCUAUCACCAUUUUGAGUCGAUGAAGAGAGAGCACAACCUUGAACCACGGAUCGAGCACUUCUCAUGUAUGGUAGAUCUCCUCGGCAGAGCAGGCGAAUUCGAGAAGCUGGAGAGCUUCAUAAACAGAAUGCCGAUAGAGCCGAAUGUCCUCAUAUGGAGGACUGUUCUUGGUGCUUGCGGCCGAGCAAACGGCCGCCUGCUGGAUUUAGGCAGAAGGGCGGCUAAGAUGUUGAAGGAGUUGGAGCCUCAAAACGCUGUCAACUACGUGCUUCUUGCUAAUAUGUACGCCUCUUCGCAGAAAUGGGAGCGAGUUGCAGAGUCCCGGCAUGCAAUGAAGAUGGCGGCGGCUAGGAAAGAAGCUGGGUGCAGUUGGGUCGCCAUGAAGGAUGGGAUACACGUUUUUGUCUCCGGAGACAAGUCCCAUCCCGACACGGAUGCCAUAUAUGAGAAGCUUGGUGAACUGCGUGAGAGAAUGAAGGCGGCUGGAUACGUGGCGCAGGUGGAUUAUGCUCUCUAUGAUCUUGAAGUGGAGAGCAAGGAGGAGAUAUUGAAUUAUCACAGUGAGAGACUUGCCAUUGCUUUCGUCCUUACCCGCAAAUCAGAGAUGCCGAUAAGGAUCAUGAAGAAUCUUCGAGUUUGUGGAGACUGUCAUUCAGCAUUCAAGUAUGUGUCCAAGAUUGUGAGUAGGCAGAUUGUGCUGCGUGACUCCAACAGAUUUCAUCAUUUCUCGGAUGGCAAAUGUUCAUGUAAUGACUACUGGUAAACAAGGAUCAUUUUUUGCAUUCUAUCGUAUUUUAAAUUUAAUUUUUUCA